AUGCCUGCACAGCAGGCGCCGCCUCCGCAGAGCCGGAGAUCCACAGAGCCGGAGGUCUACACAGCUGCCGACACAGAGCCGGAGGUCUACACAGCUGUCACCACAGAGCCGGAGGUCUACACAGCUGCCGGCACAGAGCCGGAGGUCUACACAGCUGUCACCACAGAGCCGGAGGUCUACACAGCUGCCGGCACAGAGCCGGAGAUCUACACAGCUGCCGGCACAGAGCCGGAGGUCUACACAGCUGUCACCACAGAGCCGGAGGUCUACACAGCUGCCGGCACAGAGCCGGAGGUCUACACAGCUGUCACCACAGAGCCGGAGGUCUACACAGCUGCCACCACAGAGCCGGAGGUCUACACAGCUGCCGGCACAGAGCCGGAGAUCUACACAGCUGUCACCACAGAGCCGGAGGUCUACACAGCUGCCGGCACAGAGCCGGAGGUCUACACAGCUGCCGGCACAAACCCGGAGGUCUACACAGCUGCCGGCACAGAGCCGGAAAUCUGCACAGCUGCCACCACAGAACCGGAGGUCUGCACAGCUGCCACCACAAUAGCUGCGGCCCGAACAACUGUUGCAGCAGCAGCAGAGUCGACGGCCUGA